AUGGGCACAGCAACCUUCAACUCCCAAUACAACGCAGACCCCUACGCCCUCCCAACAACAGAACUCGUCCACCGCGCCCUCUCCCACGGAAUCCGCGCAUUCGACACAUCCCCCUACUACGGCCCAGCCGAAGACCUCCUCGGCGCAGCCCUCUCCUCUCCCAAAAUCAGCACCUCCCACCCAAGAAACACAUACCACCUCCUCACAAAAGUAGGCCGCGUUGCCUCCUCCUCCUUCGACUACUCCCCGCCCUGGCUGCGCGCCAGCGUCCGCCGCAGUCUCUCCAGACUCCAUACAACCUACCUGAGACGUCGUCUACUGCCACGACGUCGAAUUCGUCAGCCCCACCGAAGUCCUGAACCGCCGUUCGCGAACUGCGCCACAUGCGCGAUGAAGGACUCAUACGCUAUCCUGGCGGAAAUGAUCCUCCGCGAGACGGGCGAACCCCUCGAUAUCGUCAUGAGCUACGCGAACUUCACGCUGCAGAAUACGCGGCUCGCGACGACUGCGUUGCCGAGGCUUUUGGCUGCGGGCGUGGACGUUGUUCCUAAUGCUUCGCCGUUGGGGAUGGGGCUUUUGCGUAGGGAUGGGGUGCCGAUUGGGUCUAUGGGGGAUUUUCAUCCUGCGCCUGAUGCGUUGCGCGCUGCUGUGCGUGAUGCGGCGAGUCUGGCGGAUGUGCGUGGGGAGAAGUUGGAGGUUGUUGCUAUUCGGUUUGCGCUUGAGUCUUGGCUGAGGGAUGGGGCGGCGGUUGGUGGGCUUGGUGCGCCGGUUGCGAGGGGUGUGGAUUCGGAUCCCGGGUUUAUUUCUGUUAAGAGUGUUGGUGCUGGGAGGAGGUUGGGGGUUAGUGUUAUGGGGGUUAGUAAUGUUGCCGAGUUGGAUGAGACGUUGAGGGUUUGGAAUAGUAUUGUUGAGGGGCUUGAGAAUUGUGAGGAUGGGGAUGGGGAGUUUGAGAGUAAGGGGGCUUCUACUCCAACGGCUUUGACUGAGGUGGUUGGUGGUGCUGCGCCGUCUGCUUCGAAUAUUCUCACGCCUUCUGAGGGUCUGAUUACGGAUCGGGCUUGGUCUCGUACGCGCCGCGCAAAUAUUUUGCAGCUGGCUGCUGAGAUUCGUCAGGUUAUUGGGGAGGAGUGGGUUGAUUAUGUGUGGGCGAGCCCUGAUGCGGACUUCAAGAACUCUUUGUCUGAAGAGCAUUUGGCUCUCGUUAAACGACUUGGGGUUGAAGGGGAGGUCGUCCACGCUUCUGCCGACGAUACUACUCUCGAUGAGGGAAUGUUGACCCCGCCGUUGGAUGUGGAGAGACAGCUUGAGUAA